CAUCUCUCUGUCACAGAGUACCACCUGUACUCUCCGUCUGCACGCGCCUCUGCCCAUUGAGCACGCGCCCCCUCUCACGCGCGCUCCUAUACUCACACAAACAUGGCGGCCAACACUUCACCGCUACGCUCCUCCUUCAGGAUUUGCAGUCCGUUUAACGUAAACUACCGCUGCCACCGGGCCGUCCUGCGGCCGCACAGGAAGCACGACAGUCCGCGGAGACAUUUCCACCAGUCUACGAUCAGGCAUGCAGCGGUGGUGUUUUCUGGAGCAGAGUUGGCUCGUAAGCUCCACAGGGAGAUCCAGCGUGAUGUGGAGGAGCUGGUGUCUCAGGGUAAUGUGAGACCUCACCUGGGAGUGGUUUUAGUCGGAGACGACCCCGCCAGUCGCACCUAUGUUAGGAACAAGACUCGGGCAGCCAGCAUCCUGGGUAUUUCCAGCGACACGGUGGUUCUGCCGAGCUCAGUGUCGCAGGAGAAGCUGCUGGAACUGAUCGACAAGAUGAACCGCGACUGGAAGGUCAGCGGCCUGUUGGUCCAGCUGCCGCUUCCUGAGCACAUCAACGAGCGAGCCGUCUGCAACGCCAUCGCUCCAGAGAAGGACGUUGACGGCUUCCAUAUCGUAAACAUUGGAAAGUUGUGCUUGGAUCAGAGAUCCAUGAUUCCUGCCACACCGGCAGCUGUCUGGGAGAUCAUCAAAAGAGCAGGCAUUGAAACGGCGGGAAAAAAUGUCCUGGUGGCAGGUCGCUCCAAAAACGUUGGAAUGCCCAUCGCAAUGUUGCUGCACAGCGAUCGCAUCCACGAAAGGCCUGGAGGGACUGGAGGCAGAAUCUGCAAAUACGGAGACCUCCAUCCCUGUCUCACCUCCCACCCCCACGGCCAAAGUGACGCGACAGUUACCAUCGCCCACAGGAGAACGCCAAGGGAACGUCUCAAAGAGCUAACGAAUCUGGCUGAUAUCAUUGUUGCAGCCGCAGGAGUUCCUGGACUGAUCACAGCCGAUAUGGUGAAAGAGGGGGCAGCUGUCAUUGACGUAGGCAUAAACCGCAUCCAGGAUCCAAAAACGGGGAAAGUCCGGCUCGUCGGCGACGUCGACUUUGAAGGAGUGAAGGACAAGGCGGGUUUCAUCACGCCGGUUCCUGGAGGCGUGGGUCCGAUGACUGUGGCCAUGCUGAUGAAGAAUACUGUGACUGCUGCCAGGAAUGCUCUAAUGCAUUAAACCUAACACACUAUUUAUUUUAAUGAACA